AACGUCACGACGAUAUUAUUAAGGCGAGGUUUUUCCGUCUGUGUACUUUCAGUAAUAGCAGCAGCAGUCAGCAGUAGCGUAACCCCCCAGGAUUCUUGUAGCAGCGACGUUACGAGCCUGUAUAAUUAUUGUUGGACGUAGUCUGUUGAGUGGUGUUUAGUUUUUUUUUUUAAACUUUCGCCCAUUGUUUUUAGAUUGGGAAUAUUGUCAUUUUUCUUCACUGUAGUUAGAAAAAAAAAAAAACGAUAUAUAUUCACCACCAUCAUAACCUACACCGACUGUAACCCUUUAAAAAUACAUCUUGAUUUUUCUAUCGUUCUUGUCCCUUGUUUCUUCUAAGUGACAGAAUGGGAUUCGAAGUGUGUGGACCUAAUGAGGUGAUGGUCAUCUCAGGAUGCUUUCACAGUCAACCAGCAUAUAUCCGUGGAGGGAGAGCUUUUGUUUGGCCUGGCAUUCAGAAAAUACAGAGAUUGUCUUUAGCAACUAUGAGCUUAGCUAUAGAAAGCCAACAUGUCUACACAAAACAGGGCGUGGCUAUCUCCAUGACAGGUAUUGCACAAAUUAAAGUACAAGGUUCCAAUGAUGAAAUGCUUCACACUGCAUGUGAACUAUUCCUUGGCAAAAAUGAAAAUGAGAUCGAGAAGGUUGCCAAAGAGACACUUGAAGGUCACCAGCGUGCCAUAAUGGGAAACAUGACUGUCGAGGAAAUCUAUAAGGAUCGCAAGAAAUUUUCCAAAGCUGUGUUUGAAGUUGCCUCUUCGGAUUUAGUCAAUAUGGGGAUCUAUGUUGUUAGCUAUACAUUAAAGGACAUUAGAGAUGAUGAGGGUUACCUUAAGGCACUAGGCUUAAAACGUACUGCUGAAGUCAAAAGGGAUGCCAGAAUUGGUGAGGCUGAAGCUAAAAGAGAUGCUGGAAUACGAGAAGCCAAAGCUGAUGAACAAAAGAUGGCUGCUCGUUAUGCCAAUGAUAUUGAAAUUUCCAAAGCUCAGAGAGAUUUUGAAUUGAAGAAAGCCGCUUAUGAUCAAGAAGUAAACUCUAAGAAAGCUAUGUCCGAUAUGGCUUACGAUCUUCAAGCUGCUAAGACUAAACAAAAAAUCAAAGAAGAAGACAUGCAAGUUGUAGUGGUUGAAAGGACUCAACAAAUUGCUGUUCAAGAGCAGGAAAUUAUUCGCCGAGAACGAGAACUUGACAGUCAAGUCCGAAAACCUGCUGAAGCUGAGAAAUAUAGGUUGGAGAAGAUAGCAGAAGCUAAUAGAAACCGGAUUAUUCUUGAAGCUGAAGCUAAUGCUGCUGCUAAGAAGAUGAAAGGCGAAGCUGAAGCUUAUGCUAUUCAAGUGAAGGCAAAGGCCGAUGCUGAACAAAUGAAACACAAAGCUAUUGCUUGGCAGUCAUAUGAGGACGCUGCUAAAACCGAUAUGAUCCUGGAAGCUCUUCCAAAGAUUGCUGCAGAAAUUGCGGCACCAUUGGCUCAGUGCCGUAAGGUAACCAUGGUUUCUACAGGAAAGAGCGAAAUCGGUGCAGCUAAACUGACUAACGAAGUCCUCCAAAUCAUGGAGAAACUGCCACAUGUUAUUGAGGGAUUGACAGGUGUAAAUCUCAUCAGUCAGCUGCUCAAGAAUGAAAAUCCAUCUAAGAAGUUUACUUUGCAAUAAAGUAGUUCCAAGAUUGGUCCCCCUUCAUGGUACUUUUGACAAUGGCAUCCUCACGUGCUAUGGUGUAAACAGAUAAUGGUUUGGAGUUUUUGUGGUGCUUACCAUGACAGCUCAUUAUGAAAAGUAUCAGUUACUCUGGAAAAGUUCAUCAAAUUUCUUUUUCAUUAAUACUCAGAGAAUCAGUGAACGCUGAUCCUCCUCUGCCCUUUUUUUUUUUUUUAUCAUUUAGCCAGCUAUUUCAAGUUAUUUGAUAUCUGUAAUUUGUUUUAUUGGCUUUCUAAAUAUCUUUAUAUGAAUUCAUAAGCAAAUCUAACUUUGCCUUCAUUAUAAAAAUAUUGUGAUGAGCAAAUGGUGUAGCUGUAAGUCCUCGGGUAAAUGGGGAUCAUGUGUCGCCCAGCUUUCAGUUGCUGAUUGAGAAUGAAACAAAUCUUUACUGAUUCUGCUUAUGUUUGUGGGAAAAGUAUGGACAUCACAGCAUCCCAUUUUCCUAUCUCCCUUAAAACUGAUUUCGUACUUAAGAAAUUAUUAUUAUUAUCAUUGUCAUCAUCUCAUAAUCACUGUAUCUAUUCAGUAUUCUGUUAUAUUUUCUUUUAAACACCAUAAUUACAAAUUAUUUUAUUCUCCAAAAGUUUAUUCCAUUUUAGAAAAGAUUUCUUCAAAUACAUUUUUGAACAUCCUAAUUUUUUUGUUUUUCUUUUCAAUAAAAUGAGUAUCAUAUUUUGCAAA